AUUGGAAAUUAAACUUAGCUUACUACCUAUAAAAUAAAUAAAAUAAUAUCGACAAUAAAAAGUAAAUAUAUAAAAAUAAAGGUGCGCCCUUGUAAUCGUUUACGAAACCCCAAAAACAUACGAAUUCGUGUUAAAAGUUCCCACACCCCAAAUUGGACGAGGAAAAAAAAAAAAAAAACAAAACCCGCCGCCACCGCCUUAUAUACCUACAUGCAUCAUAUUUAUUCUCAAUAAAAAGCAAAAGCUAAAUAGCUAGAACGAGCCCGAGUCCGAGCCCGACGGUGACCUUUCGAUUUCGUUGGACUUUUUGUCACUUUCGACUUCCGUCGUCACGUCAGUCUCAAUCUCAGUGUCAGUGGUUGAUUUAAUUUUGAUUGGCGCGAGUGCGACUCCGAUUCGACUUACCUAUCCGUCAUACUCGACCGACGACCGGUUAUUUGUGAGAAGCGUCAUCCAAAAAAAAGUUGUAUUUUGUUUGAAGUUUUCUAAUUUGUGCAAUAAUUUGUGUAUUCUUGUCGAUUGCAUUUUAAAAUACAAAAGAAUAACCCAUAAAAGCAAAAAGGAUAAUCAUCAGGAGCUGCAAAACAAAACAAAAAUGGGAAACAUUCAUACAACCGGGCCAAAUGAGGCACUUAUUGUUUCAGGUGGCUGCUGUGGAUCUACAAAGAAACGUACCAUCGUUGGAGGAUGGGCUUGGGCAUGGUGGCUUGUUACAGAUGUUCAACGACUCUCCCUCGAAGUUAUGACACUUAAUCCAAUGUGCGAAAAUGUCGAAACCGCACAGGGUGUUCCACUUACAGUUACUGGUGUAGCACAGUGUAAAAUUAUGAAGAUGAUGAACGUGUAUUAUUUUCACCAUCAGGCUGACGAAUUACUUGGUACCGCUAGUGAACAAUUCUUGGGAAAAUCUGUAAAGGAAAUCAAACAGACGAUUUUGCAAACUUUAGAAGGACAUUUGCGUGCUAUUCUUGGAACUCUUACAGUAGAAGAAGUUUACAAAGAUCGCGACCAAUUUGCAGCCUUAGUGAGGGAAGUAGCCGCACCUGAUGUUGGGCGUAUGGGUAUUGAAAUUCUAUCCUUUACCAUCAAGGAUGUCUACGAUGAUGUUCAGUACUUGGCAUCGCUGGGUAAAGCUCAGACAGCUAGUGUCAAACGAGACGCCGAUGCUGGUGUGGCGGAAGCAAAUCGUGAUGCUGGCAUCCGGGAAGCCGAAUGCGAAAAAACUGCUAUGGAUGUUAAAUACUCGACAGAUACGAAAAUAGAAGAUAAUGCUCGAAUGUAUAAGCUUCAGAAAGCUAAUUUCGAUCAAGAAAUUAAUACAGCUAAAGCUGAAUCUCAAUUGGCAUAUGAAUUACAAGCAGCGAAAAUCAAACAGAGAAUUCGUAAUGAAGAAAUUCAAAUCGAUGUUGUGGAACGUAGAAAACAAAUCGAAAUCGAAUCUCAGGAGGUGCAACGUAAGGAUCGUGAACUUAUUUCAACAGUUCGAUUGCCAGCCGAAGCAGAAAGUUAUCGUGUGCAAACAAUUGCACAAGGUAAACGCGAACAAACUAUUGAAUGUGCUCGAGCUGAAGCUGAAAGAAUACGUAAGAUUGGUCAAGCUGAAGCGCAUGCUAUUGAAUUGGUUGGUAAAGCCGAUGCUGAACGAAUGAAGAUGAAAGCCGCAGUUUACAAACAAUAUGGAGAUGCAGCUAUCAUGAAUAUUGUUCUUGAAUCGCUACCUAAGAUUGCUGCUGAGAUUGCUGCCCCAUUAGCUAAGACCGAAGAAAUUGUCCUAAUAGGCGGCAACGAUAAUAUAACGAACGAUGUCGCCCGUUUAUGUGGACAACUGCCACCAACCAUUAAUGCACUUACUGGUGUUGAUCUAUCAAAAGUUCUAUCAAAAAUACCCGGAGCAAAGGCGUGAAGUUUACAGAAUUCUGUAGAAAACAACAAUUCCGCCGAACUAUCGAGAUCAAUGUCAAUAAUGAUGAAUAUGCAGUAGCCGAAAAAAUAAAAACUCUAAAUAAGUGUAAAUUUGAAUAAAAAAUAGAAAAUACAAAAAAAUACAAAAAAAAAAACAAAACGGAAUGAUAAGCAGUCAUACAAAAAUAUUAUGAAUAAAUAUUUAAAAAUUAUAAACAACAACAACAAAAAAUGCUGAAAACAAUCCUUUCAAAGAAAAAAUUAAAUAAGAACAUAUUUUUGCAAAAAAAACAAAAACAAAUUAAUAAAUAUACAAACAAAGACACUUACAUAAAAAUACAAAAAUACAUACAUACAUUUACAUAAAUAAUUGAAAAAAAAGUAAUAUAAAAUUUUAAAAAACAAAGCUGUCAGUGUACAUUAAAAUAAAAAUUAAAUAAAUAUUGUGUACCUACAUUCAUUAAUCUUCAUAACGUAAAGUUAACAUACAUUAAUUUUUUGUCGCUAAUUCUUCCUUAAGAUGUAAAAUAGUGUGUAAUUAAAAAAGAAAAUAGUUUAAAAGUGUGAUGUGGCACCAAAAUGUAUACACUUUUUAUAUUUAUUUAUUUUGUUACAAUUUUAAAACAAGUUUCAUUAUUAGUUAAUAAUUAAGUAUUAAUAUUAUUAAUAAUCAAGAAAGAAAAGCUUCAAUUUUAUUUAGCUAAGUAUGUAACUUGUGUUGAACCGACAGUUCCCUUCAAUCUCCAAUAGUUAAUUAUUUCUUAAUUUAUAUUCAUUGUUUUAAUUUUCUUUCCACCACAUCACUCUUAAUAAAUAUAAACAAAUGUAUUUCAAUGUUUUUGCACAAUAACCCGUAUGUAACUUUUUUGUAUAAAUAUGCAGCAACCCCUUUACAAAAUCCUUCAGAGUCUAAAAUUCUAUGUAUCCCU